GCGCGCAGUCGAGCGCGAGGUAGAGUCACGGGCGAAGGUGAGGCGUGAGUGCGGCGCGGCGCACGGUGGUCGCUCGUGUUGGUGGCUCCGAUGAUUAAUGCCACGGUCAGCUGUAAUACUUUGUGUGCGCUCGCGACAAGGCAAGCCGAAGUGAGAGAUGCGCGAGGAGAUUUGCUGAGAGACGACGCGACGACUUGUUGGCCGCCCGCGGCCGAUUAUCGACGUGCGUGAGGAGGCGUAUUCGGCGCGACAUCGCCAAGAUGGUAGAGCCUAUCUUCGACUAUCAAUUUCGGCUGAUACUGAUCGGCGACAGUACGGUCGGGAAGAGUUCUCUCCUGAAAUACUUCACCGACGGCAAGUUCGCGGAGCUUUCAGAUCCAACUGUGGGUGUGGAUUUUUUUGCACGUUUAAUAGAAGUUAAAGAUGGUACAAGGAUAAAGUUACAAUUAUGGGAUACAGCUGGUCAAGAGAGAUUUAGAUCAAUUACAAAGUCUUAUUACAGAAACUCUGUAGGAGCGCUUCUUGUAUAUGAUGUUUGUAAUAGAGCAAGUUUUGAGCAUAUUCCUCAAUGGAUGAUGGAAGCUCGCAGACACAUUGAACCGCAUCGUCCUGUGUUUGCUUUGGUAGGCUGUAAGUUAGAUCUAGUAACUAAUGGUGGUAGACGGGAGGUUUCAAAGGAGGAAGCUAGAGCAUUUGCUGAUGAACAUGGUGUACAUCAUAUUGAAACCAGUGCAAAGACUGGGGUAAAUGUUGAAGAAGCAUUUCGAACGGUUACACAGGAAGUUUAUAACAGGAUACAAACUGGCGAAUACAAGGUAGAAGAUGGAUGGGACGGUAUCAAAACUGGAUUUGCUAGGCCUGGGGGGUUAGAUUUUAAUCUAGUCGAGGCAGAACCAGCAAAGAGCUCGUGUUGUUAGGUUACUAUUUUGAUUGAAUUUUAGAAUAGCAAAAAAAAUUUAAGAAUGCAGAAGAAGUAGUUAUUUCAGAAAAAUAUAUGAAAUAUAUAAUUUAAUAAAUCAAUGCGCGCCUAUAUAAGCAUAUAAUUUACACUUAUGCUCGCUUAUAUGUUAUAUAUAUUAUGUAAAGUUAUUUAUUAAUAUAUAGAGAUUGCUGCAUAUUAUGAAACAUAAUUAUGUUUACUCAUUUGACAAAUAACUUCCUACUGCAUUCUUGUUUUAAGGGAAAGACUAACUUUUAUUGAAAAUUAUAGUUACAUAUAGGCUACACAUUUUUGUAUAUAACUUGUAUAAACAUCAGGUGACUAAUAAAAUUCAUAUAAUUUCCUAGAGUGGUAAUUAUACAUGAUAGAGAGAGAAUGAACAGACUUAUUUUCUCGAAAUGUAAGCAUCUUAGAAAACAUCCCCUACAGAAAAUAAAAUUGAGAAAAACUUAUAUAUAUGCAAAUACAUAUUUUAUGUAUAUUCUGAAUAUGCAUAUCUUGUCCAUUGUUCAAAUUGUGCCAAGUUUAUAUCUUAAAGUAUUCAUCCUAAAAAAA